GCUGCAAUGGCGCCGGAUGCGGUUACCCUGGAGCACCUGCGCACAGUAGUGUUCGCUUCACGGGAACCGACGCCCAGGAUGUCAUAGACGAGGAAGAUGCUCUUCUUAAAGACACAAUACUACCCGAGGGUACUGUAGCCACCUACUCUUGCGAACGAGGCUUCGAACUCCUCGGACCGGCACGGAGACAGUGUCAGACCGAUGGUUCUUGGACACCGGAAGGAGUACCAUUUUGUGUUCUGAAUGUUGCUGGAGGUAAAGCACCGAUGCAGUCGAGCAGCUCGGAGGGUGGAAUUCCGCAGCGAGCUGUUGAUGGUAGCAGCGGUCAGAUUUACACCCCACAGACUUGCACUCUCACCAGACCAGAACACAGACCAUGGUGGUACGUGAAUCUACUGGAGCCGUACAUGGUGCAACUGGUGCGCUUAGAUUUUGGAAAACCAUGCUGUGGCGAUGGCGUACCCGGAACAAUCGUUGUCCGUGUCGGCAAUAAUCGUCCAGACUUGGGAACGAAUCCAAUUUGUAAUCGCUUUACCGGACCCCUCGAGGAAGGACAACCUCUCUUUCUUCCCUGCAAUCCACCAAUGCCUGGAGCUUUCGUUUCUGUGCACCUGGAAGCGAACACACCAGCGUCGAUACCGGUGCAGCUUUCACUGUGCGAAGCUUUCGUCUACACUGAUCAGGCUCUCCCGAUCGAGAGGUGUCCACAGUUCAGGGAUCAACCACCAGGAUCAACGGCAACUUAUAAUGGAAAGUGUUACAUAUUCUAUAAUCGGCAACCACUGAUAUUCAGAGAUGCUCUGGCCUUCUGUCGUGCACGAGGCGGGACUCUGGUAGACGAAAGUAAUCCUGCGUUGCAAGGAUUUAUCUCGUGGGAGUUAUGGAGACGGCAUAGGAGCGACACUUCGAGCCAAUACUGGAUGGGUGCAGUGAGAGAUCAAAAAGAUCGCUCGGUUUGGAGAUGGACAGGAAGCGGCGAAGAGGUUUCCGUUUCUUUCUGGAGUCUACCCCAAGGCAUCGAAGAGGAUUGUGCACGAUACGACGGUAGCAGAGGUUGGCUCUGGUCCGAUACCCCUUGCACGGCUCGAUUAAAUUUCAUCUGCCAGCAUCAGCCACGGGCCUGUGGUCGACCGGAGCAGCCGCCAAAUUCCACGAUGAUGGUGACCACAACGGCAGAUCGGAAUUCUGGUAGCGCGUAUGAAGUUGGAGUAACGGUAGAGUAUACCUGUACAGCGGGUAGUCUUCUUAUAGGACCAUCGACUCGUACUUGUCUCGAUACCGGCUUUUACAACGAGUUUCCACCAGUGUGCAAAAGCAUCGAGUGCGGUUAUCCCGCGAGCAUAAAACACGGAGGUUACACACUAAUCAACAAUACCGUUAGUUAUCUGAGUCAGGUGCUUUACUCCUGCGAGGAAGGAUACGAAAUGACUGGCCGUGCAAGAUUAACUUGCGACAUCGACGAACGCUGGAACGGGCCACCGCCACGUUGCGAACCGAUCCUCUGCGAUCCUCCAACCCCUGUUCCGCACAGUUACAUUCAGAUAGAUGAAAUCGACGAAACGGAGACGAUAUCAGGGAAAAUGAGCUUCAAUCGAAGCCUUCUCGUUGGCGGUAUUGUCACUUAUACUUGCGAGAAAGGUUACAGGCUUACUGGAUUCCGACAGAUACUGUGUUUACCCACCGGAUUGUACGAUCACAUCGCACCCACAUGUUCAGAGGAACCUCGUACGACCGUAACCGUUUCACCUAAAAUAACGUUGCGAGCAACGACCUCCAGGACACGGCACACGUUACUACCGCCAAAAGUUAGAUCGACUACCGCAUUGCCAACUACCACGACCACGACCACCGUCGUUCCACCUCGAAAAGUGUCGAACACCGCCGAAUUACCGGCGAUGGUCAGAGAAACGAUCCCGAGAAAACCGAGCAUCGGUCUGCAGAGACCAGCCUCGUCUCCAGCGACCAUUUUGCACGAAGACAGCAACGACCAUCCCCAGGACAACGAGAUCUCUGGCAGCGGUGUCGACAACGCGCAGUCUGGCGUCGGCGCUGGUAUCCCGGAACCAUCUGGACCAUACAGAGUAGACAACGCCGAUCAACCGAGUAACACCCACCAAGCAAAAUUAAAUCUAGGUGCGGUCAUCGCCUUGGGCGUCUUCGGUGGUUUCGUAUUCCUUGCCGCUGUAAUUACGACGGUCGUAAUACUCAUACGCAGAAAUCGCGUUAGGAGCAGUAAACAUUAUCGACAUCGUGCGUCCCCAGAUUGCAAUACCGUGGCUAGUUUCGGGAGCAGUUCUUCGGAAAGUCGAGGCGGUCUGAAUCGAUACUACCGUCAAGCUUGGGAGAAUCUGCACGAGACGGCUGGCCAUAAAGCAGCUCAUCCUCCACUUCGUCGCAAGGAAACUCUGGAUGAACCAGGAUACCGAGAGAACUACCGUGGCAACAACACCGAAAGGGAUGGUUCGGAAUUAGUUGUAAGCGACGUAGCCACUUACCCAUCUAGCAAACAUGCCAGUAUAUCUGACAAGAAACGCCAUCAUCACCACCACCACCAUCACCACGGUAACUCUACGCCCGAAUGGAGGCAGUCCCAAACUCAUCACAGAUACUGAAUACUGGAUAUGACGGAUAGAAUCUUUCAUAUCCAUAAUUCGGUGAAACAAUACUGUGACAAGUCACGAUUGGCUUGCGAGUAGGCUUUUAUGAUAUUGUACAUCAGUGAAUUCCGAAUAGAAUUCAAAGAAACGUGGUGAAUGAUUAGAUACUGUGCAGGAGAGAUCUUAAACGUAAUUAACGAACAAGAAUUAUUUAGUACACGAUCAUCCUACAUUUAUUGUUCUGUUAUACAGUAAAUUAUUUACAACUACUUGUUACGUAAUGUAAAUAUCAUAUAUGACGUAGUAUUAGCGAGAGGAGUAAGUUGUUUGCGAAUGUAGGAGGAUCACAAGUUGAUCGGAGGACAUGCCAAAAAAACAAAAGAGUAAUAUAUAUGUAAUUACAGAUUACACAAUUUCUAACUAUGUUUCGUAAGUUGUUAUAGGAAUUUUUU